AGCAGCAGCAGCGGUGUGAGCCUCACUGCCUCACUCUCCUCGCCUCUCAGUGCGGGAUUCUAGCAGCGGAGAGAGAGCAGCAUGGAGACGGAAGGGAGCCCGAGCAGCCUGUCCUCCGGCCCGGACACCAACUCCCCCCACGACCCCUGCAAAAUGUUCAUCGGGGGUCUGAGUUGGCAGACAACACAAGAGGGCUUGAGGGAGUACUUCUGUAAAUUUGGAGAAGUGAAAGAGUGCAUGGUGAUGCGGGAUCCCGUUACCAAGAGGUCGAGGGGGUUCGGCUUCGUGACAUACGCAGAACAAGCGGGUGUGGAAAAGGUUUUGGCGCAAAACAGACACGAACUGGAUUCCAAAACAAUCGACCCAAAGGUAGCGUUCCCCCGCCGGGCCCAGCCUAAGCUGGUGACCAGGACAAAGAAGAUCUUUGUCGGAGGACUGUCAGUCAAUACCACCAUCGAAGAUGUGAAGCAAUACUUUGAGCAGUUCGGAAAGGUCGAUGAUGCCAUGCUCAUGUUCGACAAAACAACCAACAGGCACAGAGGUUUUGGGUUCGUCACCUUUGAAAACGAAGACGUGGUGGAGAAAGUGUGCGAGAUCCACUUUCACGAGAUCAACAAUAAAAUGGUGGAAUGUAAGAAAGCCCAGCCCAAAGAGGUGAUGACACCGACAGGCUCAGCCAGAGGUCGCUCCAGAGUGAUGCCUUAUGGGAUGGACGCCUUCAUGCUGGGUAUCGGCAUGUUAGGCUACCCCGGUUUCCAGACUACUACCUACACCAGCCGCAGUUACACUGGAAUUGCUCCUGGAUACACUUACCAGUUCCCAGAAUUCCACUUAGAGAGGACCCCCCUCCUGACAUCAUCCCACCCCCACGAGCUGGCAGCCAUUCCACUGACUGCAUACGGACCAAUGGCAGCUGCAGCAGCAGCAGUAGUUAGAGGCUCCACCCCUUCACGCACAGCUGGCUUCCUGGGCACCAGCAGCCCCGGACCAAUGGCUGACCUGUAUGCCGCAGCCAAUCAGGACUCAGGAGUCAGCAGCUACAUCAGUGCCGCCAGUCCUGCCCCUAGCACGGGGUUCGGACACGGAAUAGGGGGUCCUCUGAUUGCGACUGCAUUCACUAAUGGAUACCACUGAGAAGACUCAGGUCACUGAGGAUUGGAGGGCUUCUCCUCUGCUGUUGAGCUAAUCAGAAUGCUGGCUGCCUGUUGAUGGCACAACCUGAUUGGCUCGCCAUAGGCGCUACCGGCCUCUCCUGGCUCCACGUGGUUCCACCCACCGACUGAAUAUCUUCUUAAAACCAGAACUCUUCGUCUUGCUGUACUAAUCUCACUUCAACAUAAUGUUCCCGUUUCUCCUCUUUUGUCCCCAUGUAGCGUAACGACUAGGUCCUCCAUCAGUUAUCCAUUGCUCUUUCUUUUGAAGUUGAGAGAAGAACACUGCAAAAAAGAAAAACAUCUCUGAGAAAGCAUUUGUCAUCUUUGAGUAAGACACAGAGAACGAUCUUUGUUUUUAUUUUAUUUUAUUUUAUUUUAAUGUGAUAUGUUAUUUUUAUCAUGAAUACUUUCUAAGCUGAUACUGACAUGAACAGAGAGAAAAACAAACACACAAACACAACGUGGGGUCUUUGUUUGAAAAGCAUUUUUAACAAAGGAAGAACAAAUCCAACAAAGUCCUUUUUUACACUCAACUGUCACAAAAACAUGGGAAAAAAAACCUAAAAUGUAUAUUUUGGUAGUCUUGAAAAACAAAACCUUUGUAAUAUUGUUAUUAAUAAUGACAUAAUAAUGAUAAUCUGUAAGGUAUUUUAUUCUGUAAUUGGUUUUAAAGCAAUGUUUUUAUGUCUUCCUGUAAGAUAUUGUACAUAGACAUGGGGAGGGAUGGAGGGGUUACUGAACCAGCUGGCAUGCCAUUGGUUGGUUUAAAGAGGGUUAACAGCAAUGUGACUGGAUGUUAUUUGCUACUAUCUGAUCUCAUCUCACUACUUUUAUCAGUAUGCGUAUAGUAUAUGUGUACACUGUGGGCCAGUCGAUUUCAGCACAGCGCCAUCAACCAUAGCCGUUGAUGAGUGUGUUCCUUUCUGGGUUCUGUCUGGCAUAUUUGUUCAGAUAUGAGUACUUUUUAUUACAAAGUCAUCCCUUUGUUUGCUUUACACUUUGAGAAAAAGCAAAUUUGAGCCUUCAUCUUCAUGAAAACUUUCUCUGAUUAACAUUGAUGGGUCUAUGGAAGAAUAACAACCGUAAGCAGCAGAAAUCAGGGGUUCUCGGGAUUCGGGGUUGACUUGACUUCCUCUUUUUGAAAAUAUUAUAUAUAUAUUUUUUUGCAAUUCACUUCUUAAUGUUUUUGUUUAUUGUUUUCUUUAAAAAAAAAAAAGGUUCUUUUAUGCGGUGUUGUCCACCGCGAAGACAAAUGAAGGACAUUCUCAGAGAAAGCAGUUGUAGAAAAUCACGAUCAUGUUCUGUCCUUGUAUCACUAUUGAAGGUGCAUGUGAAUGCGUCUGAGUGUGUGUGAGUGAGCGUUUGUGAGCAUACAUCAAAGAGUAAUAUGGAACUACUUCUGGCAACGGAGGAGCGUUGUGAUUGCCUUUUUUUCUUUGGUACUGAAAAAAGAAGGUCGCCCCGUUCCAUUGUGGUUCAUCUGCUACUCGUGCCUGACUUUCUCCCAUUUCAUAUUAACUUGUAAUAAAUUUGUGCUACGCUGGAACCAACAUAUUAUUGUUUAUAAAUAGUUGCUGCUCCACGUGGUGGUGAACAGACAGGGCACGGGCAGACGACCAGAAAUGGAACGGGCUCUCGCUCCCGGCCCGCUCUGAUGCAGGACCUCAAGAUGAUGCUGGCUGGCAGGAAAAAUGAAAAAUGCUGGAACAAAUUGAACCUUUGCAAAAACAAAUCGCCUGUUUGUUCAGCCUUCUUGCUGCAGCCUGUUUGAUGCUCAGCACAGCAGAAAAAAAAAACACUUCCUGAUUCAGCCAGCAGUUCCUCCGUCAGGCAGGCUGGGGCACAAUUAAAAAAGGAAAAAAAAAAAAAAAAAAAAACAAACAAAAAAAAACUAACACUACUGCUGGACACCAACACUGUAACUUUUUAACUUACAAUAAAGCAAUAAGUUAUUUUUUACCUUACAAAUGAAAAUAUUACUAUUAUUGGUAAUAGUAGACAACAAGUGGAAAAUUCUGCAGCAUUAAGACUUAUUUUCAGAAAAAAGAAACUAUAUUUUUCUGUUUUGAUGUCUUGGUCCCCCUUGUAUAUUGAUUUUAAUAAUGUCUUUUGUUGUUGACAUAAGGAAAAGGGCCAAUGUUUUGAUUGGAGCUCAGCACGAGCUCACGUAAAGAUAAAGAUUUGGACUGUCCCCCGCUAAGCUUUCCUUGUUUUUUAUGUUUUUUUUCUGACAAUUUCAAUUUGAAGAUCCUAAUAAAUUAUUCU